AAUCGUCAGAGGGUGGCUUCUCAUCAGCUUCACUUGAGACCAAUUUAUUGUUCUUCCCAGCAUCCUAAGAUUCAUCACAAUUCCAAUGCAAUUGAGAAGAGAAUAAAACAUCAAACCCAUAUCAUGGUGAUAACCCCAAGAGAGGUUUCUUCAAAGAAGGGGAAGAACAACACGGGAAAUGAGGAAAGGAGAGUGUUUUGUUAGGUUGGUAGGCAACAGAUGCUGGCUUUGUGUGGAUUUGGUUACUGGGUGCAAGGAUUCAGGUGCUUUCCGUGGUUGGCGCUCAACUUCCACAUGGCUCAUAAUCUCAAUUUGUAUCCGUCAACGUUGCAGCUUGUGCAGAACUUUGGAAACCUUCCCAUGGUGACUAAACCUCUCUAUGGUGUUCCAUCUGAUGCUCUUUAUAUUAGAGGUGCCCGUCGGAUACCUUGCAUUUCCAUUGGAGUCUUUUUGCAGGUCCUGUCUUGGGGUUCGUUGGCACUGAGUCCUGUUGCAGGCAAAGCCCUUCCUACACUUGUGCCAUGUAUUCUCCUCGGUAAUCUGGGAGCAUCUGUUACAGAAGUCGCAAAGGAUGCUCUUGUGGCAGAAUAUGGGCAAAAACACAGAAUUGCUGGACUCCAGCCUUAUGCAUUUACGGCUUCAGCAAUGGGUGGAAUACUAGGAAACUUAGUAGCUAUCAGUGAGGAAAGCAUCUCCAGACCUCUUGCUUGGAUUGUAGGUUCCAUUGCCAUGGUUCCUGUUCUAUCUAGUUCAAUCUUUUGCUAUCAAACUCAAUGUCUCAAUCUUGAUCCUUCAGUUUUUGGGAUGUCACGAGUGAUUGGCCAGUUGAUGCUUCUUUCCUUGACUGUUCUUUAUGAUUGUUACUGGAAAGAAAUGCCCAUGAGAAAACUAAUUGGUGCCAUACAGGUUCUGUAUGCAUCUUUCCUUCUUCUUGACCUCAUUUCAGUAAGACAGAUUAAUAUUGGACUCGGAAUUCCCAAUGAAGUAUUUGCCCUUUGUUUCUCUGGUCUAGCAGAAACUCUUGGACAAUUUAAAAUCCUUCCCAUUUCGUUGCUACUGGCAAGUUUAUGUCUGAGGGGUUGUGAAGGAUCUUUUACUUCAUUUUCAGCAUCCAUGUUGUGUAUCACCAAUUUUCAGUGGAUUUUCGGGUGUUGGAAUGGCUUCUUGGCUUGGAAUAACCUUUGGCGAUUACUCAAGCCUGUCUACUGGAAUUGUGAUACAGUUUCUUCAGCACUAGUGCCUUUGGGAUGGAUUCAUCAUGUUCCCAUGUCUCAUUCCGUUCCUGAGAAGGAGAGAACAAGAGGUAUGAGUAAAAGAACGUGAAGAAACAAAGGAUUGAAAGAGUAGUGGUUGGUUCAAUCUUUGUUUAUUGCUAAGAAAGAGAAUCAGAGAUACCUAAAUGAAAAAGUUACUGAGUUUGAUAGUAAGAAUUCUUCAGAAAACAGUAAAAGGAAGAAAGUUGAGCUAGCAGUUUUUCUCUGAAGUUGAUGGCUUCUGUCUUUGAACAUCAGUUCUAACUUCCUCUGACAUGCCAGUCAUCAUUAUAGCUCAGGUCAUUAUUUUGCAAACAGAAGAAGCUUUUCUUCCUUAAUUAAUUCCACCUUUCCAU